AUGAUCAAGGACACGAAAAGCAGCAAUGGCACAUUUGUGAACAAUGAGAGGCUCGCGCAAACCGGGGAGGAUUCAGUGCCGCAACAGAGCAACACCGGCGACAUCAUUCAGUUUGGCGUGAAAAUUGUGGAGAACACGAACAAGAUCUCACUUGGAUGCAUUUUGGCGAUGGUUCGACUUUUUGACGAAAAUGGGGAAGAAAUGGAAAGCCAAGCAAACACCCUGAAACCAUGGUCCGCCAAUCAAAGCUUCGUUGGAUCGCUUGUCACCGGCCAGCAACCCACUGUUUCUGUACUGUUU